GGGCAAAUGUAUAAAUAUUAGUUCAUCGAUUCACAAAGCAACUAAACUUUUUUCAUUAAUGAGUAGUUUCAAAUAUAAAGAUUAACUUGUUGUCUUAGACUUGAACUCUAACUGAGAGAAGAAAAAGGGGAGAUUUAGUAGCAUUAUACAAACUUAUGCACGGUAUUGACAAGAUAAAUAGUGUUUUUUUUAGAAAUGUUAUAACUAAAAGUGUUUCUCUAAAAUGAGUACUGAAACACUUUCAUGCCAACAAUAUCUGCCUUCUCUUCCUCUUCCAUCAUUGAAAGAUACAUGUGAACGUUAUUUAAAAUCAGUUCAACCUUUCCUGAAUGAAAAAGAGUUUGCUAAUACAAAAUCAGAGGUAGAGAAAUUUCAAAAUGGUGUUGGAAUAAUGUUGCAUGAAAAACUAAUUCAAAAAGCAAAAUCAAGCCGCAACUGGCUUCAAUUUUGGUGGGAUAAUUCUUACUUAGAGUACAGAGGGCCUCUUCCCUUCAUCAGCAAUACAGCUGGUCUACUUGAAUCAACAGAAUGGGAUCAGCCAAAAUUAGGCAGCCAACUGGAAAGAGGAGCUCUUUGGAUUCAUUUUGCAGCUGUUAAUCAUGUUGAAAUUAUAAGACAGUGUCUUCCCGUUGGAAAGUUUGGAAAUGGUAGCUUUCAAUGUAUGUUGCAGUAUUACAUGCAUUGUGUUGGACGAAUACCUGGGGAAAAAAAGGAUAUUCCAGUUUGCCACACCCAUGUUGUUCCAAAACCAGAUGGGUCGUACAAUGUAAUUUGCGAAGUGCGCCAUUUUGUUGUUUUAAUGAAAGGAAGAAUAUUUAAAUUACAAGUGCUUGAUGAUAGUAAAGUUCCAUAUACUCCGGCUGAAAUCUACAAUCAGCUUUUGAUCAUUGCUGGUAUAUGCAAAACGUCUGGAGAUGGCCUUUCUAUUGGCUCACUGACAUCAACUGAUCGUGAUUCUUGGUAUAAGGCAUAUACAAAUCUGUGUGAAUUGGAUAUUCAGAAUAGAACUAAUAUUUCUGUUAUCAAUGAAGCUGCAUGGGUAGUUGCAUUUGAUGAUGUAGAAACUUACACUAUCCAACAGGCUUUCGAAAAUUGUGCUUUAGGAGACUGUGUUAAUCGCUGGUUUGAUAAAAAGACCUGUAUAAUAACUGCUACUGGUAUCUUUGGAAUGAAUAAUGAUCACCUUUAUAUCGAUGGUUUUGUUGCUAUACAAGUAUACCAAAAUAUAUAUUUAAAAUGUAUAGAGCAAAAGUUUCAAUGGAAAAAUGGGAAAUUGCGAAAUGAUAUAGAAGUACCUUAUGAACUUCAGUUUGUUGUUGAUAAUCAUAUUCUUUCACUUGUUAAGGAAGCACAAGUAAAACAUAGAAACCUGAUGGCAUCGUUCUUAGUUAUUAACAGACCAAUCAGAGGGUAUGGUAAAUCAUUAUGCAAAUUGUUGAAGAUUAACCCUGAUCAUUUGGUUCAGAUUGCAAUACAACUUGGUUAUUACAGGUUGCAUAAAAAAUGUUGUGCUACCUACGAGUCAGCUAGUACAAGGAAGUUUUAUAGUGGAAGAACAGGCACUGUCAGGUCAUGCACCAACGAAACAUUGGCAUUUGCACGUUCUAUGAUGGAUCCCUCUAAAACUAAAGAAAAUUGCAAGCAACUGUUGAUAAAUGCUAUAAAAGCUCAUUCUUCUCUUAUGAAAGAUGCCAUGGAUGGACAAGACAUAGAUCGUCAUUUUUUUGGAUUAAGAAAAAUAAUUGAACUUGAAGGCCUUACUUUACCAUCUUUGUUUAGUGAUAAAGCAUGGAAACUAAGUGGUGGUGACUGUAACUAUAUAUUGUCAACCAGUUUAUCAGGCUUUACCUAUUCUUAUGGAGGGAUGGGUCCUAUGGUAUUUGAUGGAUAUGGAGUUUUUUACACCAUUUCUGAUGAGAGCAUCAAUAUUGUCAUUAGCACAUGGAAAGAUUCAGUGCAAAGCAGAUGUGAAGAUUUACAUAAUGCAAUUCAAUUAUCGUGUCAAGAUAUUAAAGCCUUACUCUCCGAUGUUUCAAAGUUGUAGGGCGAUUUUAUUUUUUUGCUGUUUGGUAAAACAAGACUUUUAUUGGCUGUUUAUAUAAAAAUUGUUUUUAUGUUUUUUGAAAAAAACUAUACAGUUUUAUGUUUUACAUAAAACUGUAUAAUAUUAUUAAUACAACGUUUUAAAUUGUAUAAUGUAUUGUUAAUACUAUUUAACAAUAUAUUAUAAAAUUUAAAACGUUGCGUUUAUAAUAGUAGGUUAAAAUUAGCCUGUUACUUUCAAAUCAAUCAAAUGAAAAAAAGUUACAAGAAUUUUAAAUACAAAUAUUGAAUGUUUAAUA